ACACUUCACUUUCACAAUUUUUGCACUAAUCAUGGGAAACUCACUUCAAAAAAUAGACCAAAAUCAAGAAACAGAAUUGCCAGUAUUACUAGAUGAAUCUCAAUCAUUCACUUGCGAAAUUUGUAUAGAGCCUAUGUUAUUACCCAAUAAAAAAUUCAAUAAUCAAAAUCACUGCGUUCAUCCCUUUUGUAUCGACUGUAUAGUAAAAUACAUAUCCGUUAAACUCGAAGACAGCGUUGGCAAAAUUCCCUGUCCAUCUCUAAGUUGUGACCAAUUUUUGGACCCAAUUUCUUGCCGGAAUCUUGUGGGUCCCCAGCUGUUUGUUAAGUGGUCGGACGUGUUGUGUGAGUCUUCCGUUUUAGGGGUACCACAGUGUUACUGUCCGAAUAGGAAUUGCUCUGCUUUGAUUUUGGAUGAGUGUGGAGGGAAUGCGAAGCGUUCGAAGUGUCCAAAUUGUAAGAGGAAUUUUUGCUUUCAGUGUAAGCUUCCAUGGCAUGCUGGAUUUGGGUGCGGAGAGAAUAGGGACAGAAACGACGUCGUUUUCGGUGAACUUGCUGAGCUUAAAAGGUGGAAAAGGUGUCCACUGUGUCGUCACUUUGUUGAACGUAUUGAAGGUUGCAAAAUUGUUAAAUGCAGGUGUGGUGCCAGUUUCUGCUACAGCUGCGGAAAAAGAGUUAAUCGACAUUGGUGUGGUUGCGAUGCAACUUCCAGGUGCUGCAUGAGGUUCUGCCAGUGUUUUUUCUUUACUUUUGUUAUCCUAGCUAUCCUUUUCGUCUUCUGGAGUUUCCGACAUAGUAGAAUGUCUAAAAAUUAGACUUGUGUAUAGACAUUUACUUCUAUUACAUUUGAGGUUCAGUGAGAAACUUUCGAAUUUUUGCUUUGGUGUAUGCACUUGAGGCAGAAAAAAUAGCAUAAACAAGAACACCGGAACCUCAAGAAAGUUUGUACAGAUGGAAUCUAAGUAUAAAGUUCUCAUAGAUUAUUGACUUGCUAAA